CUUCAUUUCAAACAUUGUCGGUCAACUCUUCUCUCUUCUCUUCUCUUCUCUCUUCAUUUCUCUCUCUCCUCAUCGCUUGGCUGUUGAAUACUCUCCCGUAAUAACAUCAAAAUCAUGAAGCUGCUCACCAAGGACCAAGCCGAUGCCCACUACAGGCGCACGAUCCAGGGUGGAGUGAAAGGUUUCACAGUCGGCCUCGCCGGCUCUCUGGGCAUGGCAUACUUCCUUAACGGUCGCUGGCCCUACUUCCGCCAACUUCCUAUCCAACUCAAGGCGCUCUCUAUCGUACUCGUCACCAUACCCGCCACCGUCAUCCAAGCAGAACACGAGAGCGAUCUCUUCCAGCGCGAACAGUGGCAAGGUGCUGCCAAGAAUGAGCUUGACGAGGAAGAGGCGCAGCAACUCCAGCGCUGGGAGGCGCUCGGCUGGGCCGAGAAGGCUUACGACUAUGCUGCUAGGCAUCAGUUUGGCAUGGUCGUCGGUGGAUGGGCAGUAGGGAUGGUUGGUGCUGGAGGAUUCAUCAUGCGCGACAAGCUCAUGACCUUCCCCCAAAAGAUCGUCCAGAUCCGUAUGUGGGCACAAGGCAUCACAGUCGUCUCUGUCGUCGCUUCAGCCCUCAUCUUCUCCUCCAAACCCCGUGAGAAGCACGUCGACCAUUCCUGGCGCGAUAUCCUCGCCGAGGAAGCCCGGAUCGACGCGAUCCGUAAGCAGGCUCAGGAGGACGCCUCAACAGAGAAGAAAGUCUCCCUGUCCACCCCGCUCGAGAAGCGAGUCGUGGCGAACUCACCGUACGAGCCGACCGUCUCCGUCACCCAGGUGAUGAAGACCCGGUUAUCGGUCGAGAACCUGUUCAAGAAAGACUAAUGGGAAAAUAUGACUGGAUCGGUCACGGAUGAGCAGACGGGUCUUGUACCAUAGUCCUCCUAUCUGCCUCAUGUUUGUUUAUUUCUUCUUAAGUGUCCUCAAUUGUUCUUUCUUUUCGCAAGUGCUCUGCAAUUCAACACCAAGCAUUGAAAACGAGCUGUACUGUUUAUGUUUCUGUAACGUCCGCCCUAAGUAGCCCGCAACAAUCGCACCCUUCAU